GUGGCUAUACCAACAGCGUUCAAUGGGUUACAGCGAUUGUUGCCCCGACAGUGACAUUGUCGAACGCGAUUAAACCAAACGCAAGCACGACGCGGUGCAAUCUCGCUGUUGGCAGAUACCGCAUGUCACCAAUACAUUCGUUUGGCCAGUGAUAAUUGCCGGUGUCUAAAUUCGUCUGAUAAGAUAUAGCCGAAUGAGUUCUCUUGGAUUGCGUGAUUUUACCGGCGUCAUAAUACAUCUUUCGUGUAUAACGUUUCUUGUGGCGUGUGCGUGUGAAACGUUCACGAAAGCUCAAAGAUUCAGAAAAUUAUAAUCGACGUGUAGUGUAACUGACCAUUGAGUUCAAGUCAAUCGUGUACAAAUAGGCAUCGUUUUGGUGGUAUAAAAGUUAGAUACUUGGUUUAUUAUGUAUCUACGAUUGAUUUCAGUGCUUUCGGUAGCUCUGGUAGCGUGUAGCGUGUGUGCUGAAAAUAUUCUUUUCCUGCAAACAACACCCUCGAAAAGUCACCACAUCUGGAACAAACAGAUAUUCGAGCGAUUGUAUGAAAAUGGCCACAACCUUACCAUUUUGUCAUUCGAGAAAGAAACAUCCGUGCCGGGCAAAACGUUCCUAGUGAUGGAACAGUUUUAUGAGAAGAUGAUGGCAGCAUUUGCGGACGGUGGUACGGCGGACUUUUCCAGCUAUGAACAUGCGUUCGGAAACAUAAUGAAUGUGUAUAAGUAUUACACGGUAGCAAGCCAGAUACUGGAGCACGAGGAAGCUAUUAAACAAUUGCUUGCCUAUCCAAGAACGUUCCAUUUCGAUCUGGUGAUACACGACUUUACGAUGGGGCAGUUUUUGUUGGGUUUUCUGGAAUACUUCAACAACCCACCGUUAGUUUCUAUCUCACCGUUUAACAUACCAUCGUACACCCAGUACCUGGCGGACAUACCGGUCUAUACAACGUAUCUACCCCAUCCGGCCUCCAGCUUCGAUUCGAAGAUGAACUUUAUCGAGCGGGUCAAGAACACGAUCUACUGGUGGUUCGAUAUGCUCUACCGGCAACAGGUGUACAUGCCCAAAGAACAGGAGCGAAUGAAGCGGAUAUUCGAAGGCGUCAAUGUGCCACACGUUAAACUGCUUGAGAGGCGAUCGGAGCUGGUACUGGUUAACAGUGAUCCUGCAUUGGAUUUUUAUCAGUUACUGCCACCGAACGUGAUGCAAGUAGGCGGUUUACAUAUCAAACGAGCUGAGGAGAUGCCACCGAUGAUGCAACAGUUCAUAGCACGUGCGAGCAAAGGUGUGGUGCUGUUUAGCUUCGGUACAAAUGUACAGAGUGAAAUGUUGGGCCCGGAAGUGAACCGGCAGCUGUUGGAGCUGUUCCGCAGCAUGCCCGACUAUGGAUUCAUCUGGAAGCACGCUAACGCGGAGAAGUUGAUGAUGCCACCGAACGUGCUAAUGACUGCGUGGGUUCCACAGUCGGCAGUACUGGCGAAUAGCCGCACGAAACUGUUGAUUAGCCACGGUGGGCUGCUUAGCUUACAGGAAGCGGCCUGGAAUGGGGUGCCCGUGAUUGGUGUGCCAUUCUUUGCCGAUCAGUUUUCGAACGUGCGCCGUAUCGAAUUGGCAGGCAUCGGUAUAGGCAUACCGUCCACCGAAAUGAACGCAGACACACUGAAAGUCGCGAUGGAUAAGAUAUUGAGUGAUGGCAGGUAUCGGAUACGUGGCAAGGAGCUGUCGUACGCUUUCCGUACCCAACCUGAAACUCCGCUUGAUCGUGCCAUUUUCUGGAUCGAGAAAGUGAUCGCUAACAGGGGAUUGCGGUAUCUCCGUUCGCCAACGCGCAGUAUGCCACCGUAUCAAGUGUAUGGUCUAGACAUGGUCGCCGUAGUUCUGUUGAUCGUGCUAGGAUAUUAUCUUAUCUUUAAGCGUCACUCGAAACCAGUCGGUGAAACGGGAACGAAAAGCAAAACCGAGUAGUUCUUGGGGAUUUCUCUGGAAAAAAGACACGAUUGUAAUUGGCCAUUGGCGCAACAGUAU